GGAUGCGAUGGGCUUUCUCCCUCGUUCUCUCACUCUGGCGACGUCAAGGUUCGAGCAAACGUAGGGGAUAAGAUAAAAAAGCGACAGGGGUUACAAAAUAGAGGGAAAACCCUGUCAGAAAUCUUUGAGCAAUCCAAUCGCCGCCUUCAUUUUGGUCGCAAAUUGUGUCAAUUGGCGGUCGGAUCUCAAGGUAUUGCUCGUGGACUGUUGCUGAAGAAAAGGACCGAAAUGAUGCUUAUUUCAAAAGGUUUAGAGCAAAAUACUUAUCUUUAUCGUUUCCAAAAGCCUUGAAGGGUUUCGAUUCGCUGUUGUGGAUUCGAUCAGGGAGGAGAAACAAGAUUAAAGGUGUGAAUUUUAUACCGAUUAUAGGCAUAUUGCCUAGAAAUCGGAAGCCUUAGCUUUUGUGGAGUUAUUUUGCUUACUUUUCCUUUGAUAGUCGCGGGUUUGGUUGAACUACUGUGAUGGAAGGCGUUGUGAUUCUUGGUACUGUUCGAGCCGGAGACUCAAAUCACGCUGAUGCCGAUGGGGGCUCCAUGAUUGUAGAUAGUUCUCCGGCUGGAACAUUGAAAGAAUGCCAAGCAAAUGAGAAGCAUCUUGUGGUUCUUAAUAGGGUUCCGGAAGUUGAUGGUGAUUCGAUGAUUGUUGAUUCUUCUCCAGCAGAAGCAUUGAAACAAGAACAACCAAGUGUUGAAGAACCUGAGAAGGUAGUUGUGAAUUCCAUUGUUGUGGAUCUAAAAGGUGUGCCGGUGGAAGGUUUAAAUCAGCCUGAAGUAAAUGCAGACACCAUGAUUCUUGAUAAUCCUCACGCAGUAUUACUGAAAAAGCCCCAGUCUGUUUUGAAAGAUCAGAGGGGGGACCGGAAACAGUUAAAGCGGAAGAGGGCUUUGAUUGAUGGGAAUGCAACUAGCUUGAAUAAGGAAUCCUUGGUUACAGAAUGUUGUCAGGAGCUUGAUGACCUAUUUGAAUAUUAUAAAGAAGUUUCAGGUCAUAGACUAAAUUUGGAAGAGGGCACGUGCUCUUCAAAUAACUCAAUGAUUUCUUGCUUGCUGGAGGAGAGCAAACUUCCAUUUUCGAAGUUGGUAGAGGAGAUCUAUGAUAAGUUAAGGGCAAGGGAGGGGGUCACUUUGGCUUCGGUGCGAGGUGCUGUUCUCUUUGUUGGGCAGAGAGUGAUGUAUGGGGUUCCCAAUUUGGAUGCUGAUGUACUGGAAGAUGAGUCGCAGUCUUGCCUUUGGUGCUGGGAGACGAGAGACUUAAAGUUGUUGCCUGCAACUCUACGGGGGUUUCUGAACAUUCAACGCACUGCACGGAAGAAAAUACACGAGAGGAUUUCUGCUCUUUCAGCAACAUUGUCAGCAUUGUCAAUUCCUGAAAGUCAUGACAGUUAUAAAAGUGAUCUAGCUAAAGCAUUAGUGAAGCUGGGGAAAGUAUUAAACGCAGAUGGGAUUCGGUCUUUGGUUGAAAAGUUGAAACAGAAGAAUGCUGCUGACAUGGCUGAGAGAGAAGCCAAACUAAAGGAGAAAGAGCUAAUCAAGGAAAUGGAGAAAAUUAAGAGGAACACUGAGAAGGAAAAGAGAAAAAUGGAUCGCGAACUUCAGAAGGAGAAAUUGCAGAGUGAAAAGGAACUUAAGCGGAUGCAAGAAGAAGCUGAGAAAGAGGAAAAGCGUCGUGAAAAAGAAGCGGCUGAACUGAAGAAACAACUUAAGAAGCAGCAUGAAGAAGCUGAGCGGGAACAACGGCGCCGUGAAAAAGAGGAAGCUGAAUUGAAAAAACAACUUGCAGUAAAAAAACAAGCGACUAUAAUGGAACGCUUUCUUAAGAGAGAGAGGAGUAAAGAUAAUACUAAUAAUCCUGACAACAGAUCAUCUAUGACAGGCUCAAUGUCCACCUCAUCUUGCAAGAAAGAAGAGGCGGUCUAUACAGUUACAUCAUCAAUGGACUGUGCCUUUUCUCAGAAAGAUACCCUAUCUGCAGAGGAUCUUCGCAGGUUGCAUGUCACCCGCUGGCAUAAGUUAGCUCGCUGCAAUAGAUCUUGCCGAUGGGGUAUUAGGCAAAACCCAAAGAUUGAGUUGGUUAAGGAGCUUAAGCUACAAAAAUCAUCCUUGGAUUCCGAGCUGCUUGAAAAAACUAUGACUCCAAACAAAGAUCUUUCCUCUUAUAAGGGGAACCAAGGCAGCGAAUCAAGCUUGGAUAAGCUUGUAGAUGAGUUUGAAGAAUCUUUUGUUGAAAUGCCAUGUCAUAAUGGUACUGACUCUGUCCCAGCUUCAGUUCGUUCAUUGCGGAAAAAGCUUUUGCAGUUUGACCAAAGCCAUAGACCAGCAUAUUAUGGUACUUGGCGCAGGAAGAGUGCUGUUGGCCCAAGGCACCCAUUUAAGAAGGACCCUGAUUUGGACUAUGAUAUUGAUAGUGAUGAGGAGUGGGAAGAGGAGGAUCCUGGUGAGAGCCUUUCUGAUUGCGACAAGGACACUGAGGAGGAUCAUUUGGAGGAAGAAGCUUCUAAGAUUGAGGAUGAAGAUGAAAGUGAAGAUGGCUUUGUUGUACCCGAUGGCUAUGUCUCAGAAGAUGAGGGAGUCCAAACUGAGACCUCAUCGGAUGACAUGGAGGAUGAGGCCAAAAGCUCACCCUCUGUUAAAUCAGAUGUUGAAAGUGAAGAAUUCAGAGCAUUGCUGCAACAGCAGAAACUUUUGCACAAUUUGACCGAGAAGGCUCUUCGAAAGAGCCAGCCAUUGGUUAUAUCUAAUCUAAUGCAUGAAAAAGCUGAACUAAUGAUGGCCGAAGAUCUCGCCGGGGCAUCUAAGAUGGAGCAGAUCUGUUUGCAAGCUCUCAGAAUGCAGGCCUUCCCUGGAGGUUCCAUAGUUGAUCUAUCAGCAAGUCACAGCCCAUCAGUUGAGGAUCUUGUGCUCUGCCAAUCCAGUAGAAAUAUUACUCCCACAGCUGCUGCAGCAGUCAUCCCAGGCUCAGACUUGCCAGAAUUUGUUAGGGUUAUUCAUUCUUGUUCACAAAGUAUAAAUAAGGUGGUAGAGUUGUUGCAACAAAAGUUCCCAACCGUCUCAAAGGCACUAUUAAGAAAUAAAGUACGAGAAAUCUCCGAUUUUGUUGAUAACCAUUGGCAGGUUAAGAAGGAGGUAUUGGAGAGCCUUGGCUUAUCCAUCUCCCCAGACAAUGGUAGGAGGCCAAAAGGCAUAGCAAUGUAUUUCUCUAAACGCUGUUUACCUCCUGAAGGGGAGUCCAUCAACAUUUCCGAGUCUUCUCCUCAAUCAUGUUCAAAAACAAAGGCUGACAAUGAUGGCAAUAAUAGCCACACCUCGCAGGCUGACUUGCAGUCCACUCCUCUGAGCUUUGUAUGAGAUUGAAUUGGCUGUAAUCUGGCCUUGAGGCAGAUGCUCCUUGAAGCACUGGGUUUUGUGGGUAUAUGGAUGAUAGAUGCACAUAUGCAUGGAUAAGAAAUGCACUGGGUUCAGUGGGGCCUCUCCUAAUUUUGGUUACAUUGUCGGGUGAAAGGGAUAUAAGAUUGGAGGUUAAGAUCAAUGGAAAUAGUACAAAAUGUGUUUUGCACUAGUGGAGUUGCAAACAGCAAUAGAUGUUAUAAUAUUACAUUGUUUUUUUUUAAUGGAACUUUGUGUUGCCAUAGUUUUUAUCGUCCAA